GAAUCUCUGAAUUGAAGAACACUCGUGAAAUAUCAAUUUUGAAAUACUCGUACCAACAAUCUUCUGACAUGUCCCAUGGCAGCUAGCGAUCUAUCGAGGGGCAGUCGGGCGCGAAAGACAGCAAGAUGCCGUAGAGGAACCCAGCAGAGACACACACAGAGAGGGGGAGAAAGAUCGAGAGCACGAAAGGGCGUCGGGAAAACGGUUAGCUAGUCGUGUUUGUUUGGCGUGUUGCGGACCCGGGCGUUGUGUGGUGUGCCAUCCGUGUCAUCCGUGCCAUGAUAUCCCUUUCCGGAGCCGGGGGCUCCUUCGCCGAGAGCCCCGCGAGUGGCAAGGCCAAAACGCACGGCGGCAGCUACAACAGCCAAUGCCUUCCCAGAAAGAUUCCGCCGAGAAAAAGCAACGGAAAACCCCACCUCGCAAGGCAGCACAGCGACAAGCACUUCAAGCGGUGGUCCCAGCUGCAGAAGAUCCGGGAAUGCCACGGAACCGACUGUUGCGGUUCGCUACAGACCGUUGCCAGMAGCGGGUCGCUCUUCUCGAUGGAGGGCCAGCAAACGGUCGUCCCGAGGGAGCGCGCGGGACAGCCGCAGGCCCUGUCGCUCUUUCGGCACCGCCGUCGCGGGCGGAGGGGCGAGGCCGGGCCAGGGAUCCACCGCCGCCCAAGCCGCUGGUGGUGGUUCCUCGUCUUUUUCUGGGGGGACGGCGAGGGMAGCGAACGGGGCCGCGAGAGCAGGGGAAGCGGGGGGGUCUCGAUCCRGACCRUGGCGAGGCUGCUGGUGGUCCUCCUGGUCUGGGUGCUGCUCGUCGUCGGGGUGCUUUCGUGGGAGCUGUCCUCGAUCGAUCCGGGGACAGCCAUGGGGGCAGUGGGGGAGCACGGAAGCCACUUUCAAAACAAUACUUUGGGACACACAAACGGGGUCGAUGCGUAUGCCACGGCUUUCGGCGCCAACGACAGCAACAACGAACAAAGCAACCACCAGGGCAGCAGCGACACUGGCCACGGCUACGGCAAGAACGGCGGCAGCAUCAAAACUGACGACGACAACGAACCGCGAUCCUAUGGUGACAUCGAAGACGGCAUCCGGCUGGUGAGGGUCCGCCAGCACGCGCUGAAGGAAAAAUCCCUCGGACUAACGGACGGGGCAGACCUCGCGGAGCUUGCUGCCGCAAAGGACAACCCGUACGCUCGAAGCGGGGGCCUGAUCGGAGACGAGGCGGGAAAUCUGGCAGAGCUGGAAGACCUUCGCCUGACGCUCCUGGAAAAGAAAAUACAAAUGGACCAGAACAAGAAAAUCCGAAAGGAAUUCUCGUGGCAGCACAAGGGCAACAGCAAACGCGACGGCAGCGCGGCAGCCGAAACCGAAAGCUCCCAGGGCCGGUCGGAAGAGCACCAGCAAACGCCCGCCGGCGAUCCCUCGGACGCAGAUCGGAGCAGCAGCGACAACCACGCGGGGGCUCUCGACCCGGACCGUGUCCUCUCCGAAAGCAUUGCCAAGCUCAGGGAGCUGAACGACCGGAACAGGAGAAAGACGGACGGAGAGACCGGCGAUUGAAUCGGGCUUUUCGAUGGACGCACGGCACGGACUACGGAAGGAAUCCCCGGACCCGUGCGGUUGCAUUGCCGACCGCAACACACCAAGGUUCGGGGCGGGGCACGAAACGGAGCGACGUGGAAUGCUACGGCGGGAUCCACACUGCACGACAAACCUCUCUGUGUGGUUGUCUUGGCAAGAUGGUGCCCAUCCGCACAUCCUUCCGCUUGCAGCGCAGGGUUACAGCUGUCCGACCGAAGCAAAAAGAUGGGGCACUCCGAUUCCAUUUCCAUCCCAUCCCAUCCCAGUCCACCCAAUCGACUCUGGUGUCGCAGGUUCCCGCCAUGCUUGUAGCGAUCGCUUUUGGGUUGUUCAUCGGAUUGCUAUGAAGAAGAACAAGAGCACCUCAGCCCACAGAGCAGUCCGCUCGCCGAGCGGUUCAAGCCUAUAGCCACCCAUGUUUGGGAGGAGCAAAUGGAGAGGGAUGGUGGAGUAGAACGAUUUGACGUGCCUAUCAACAAAGAAUCCUAGUCUACCGAGAGUGCUUCGUGAUCCGAUCUGAAUGGAUCUUCUAAAUGUAUACAAAACACAAAGCACAAAGCACAAAGCACAGCACGUUAAUCUAUGUCAAGAUAGAUAGCUGUGCUGAUAGAGCAUUGCAACAAACAUAUCCAUGGGAUUUCUGUUGUUCCACCAAGCGUCCGCACGAUAUUGAUGAACUACAACUGCCUGACGGGCUACUUGGAACAACCGAAACAACUAAAAUACAACUAAUCUCAUGCGAAAAUUCUUGGUUUUUUUAGGUCUGUUGAUUGUUAAAAGUCGUUGCAUGCAGGAAUGCCAACUCGCAUUUUCUUUCUCGUUUCCUGGACUGCGUUUCUAUUGCCUCGAUUGUGUGAUUUAGCGUUGGUAUUAUUUUAAAAAAAUAGGAUUGGUAUUCGAUCUCUGGGAGUGCACUUAUUGGGCGGUUGCCUUUGCCGUGAUGCACUCGGCCUUGCACUCCUUCAGGCAUUCCGACCGCGACUUUUGCUCGUUCCCCUUGGGCUUGGUGCAUUCGUACAUGCACACGCUGAGCUUGGCCUGGACGGCCGGAUCGUUCUUGGAACCCUUGACGUAGUCCUCGUCGGCGAGGGCAGCCCCCGGAGCGGCGACCAAGACCGCGGCACCCAUCGCUUUGGCGGCGGACGAGAAGAAGGUUUUCCGCGACAAUUCCCCGGUUUYUGCCAGCGGCUUGUGGGUGUUGCUGUUCGCCACUCCAAAGGCRGCGCAGCUCGAACAAAGGAAGGCUGCUCCGACGAGGAACGCGAAGAGGGAGAAGGAAGAAACCGAUUUCAUGGYGGAAGAAUGCAAUCGAGAGUUGAAAUAGUACGGUGCUUGUGUGGUCCUUGGGUCGAUGGUUGGCGUUUUGUUUCCAGAGACGCGUUUUGGGGCAGCGAAUUGCAUUCGGGAAGAUGGAUCGGUACCGUAGUAGCACUCUAGCCUGUUGCUCGUGCUCGGGACGUGCUGUUGCCAAGUUUCGGUUGCUACCGUACAGCCGCAUCUGCUUGCUGACUUGACACCAGUUACCAAUAAAAUCCAUACCGGUGU